UAUUGAAUCCAUAGUCUAUACGUAGUUACAUAGUUGCGCAUAUGCGUAGGCCUGCAUCUUUGUCUUUGAUCUCUUGACGUAAGUACCAAUUGCUAAACUGUAAUAAUUUUUGAAAGGCCUUAAAAGACUUGAAUCCAUGGCCGUAAAAUAUAUUUAAAAAAAAAAACGUACAAAUAAUUAUAUCAAUGUAAGCAUUUGGGAAUCGUGUGUUAAUGUGAGAAUUGUUUGUGAUUCUUAAAGUACAUUAGAGAGAUUAUGUUUGAUGUGUUUCUUGAAGACGUUAUUUCAGUUGUACACAACUAUUUCGAUUCUUAAACGCAUACCAUUUAUCGGCUCACUGGACCUAUCUAUAAAAAAAAAAUCAACUGCCAAAUUGCUGUCAGCAAAAGAAAACCAAUAUUAUUAACAGUAAACUAAUAUUAUAAACAAGAAAGAUUUGGUUUUUUACUUAUUGGUGUGAAAUGGAGGAACUCAAAUACAUUCAAACAUUAGAAGCAAAAAUAAACUUGUAGUGCAUUAGGCUACAUAAAAUUCUGUAAUUCCAUCGUACAUCUUGGGGAUUUCUCUUAAAAAGUAAGAGAGUAAAUCCAUGAGCAGUAGGACUGGUCCGAAUGGCUGUCAGCCACCUUUACCAGGACAAUCUGCGUCAACUUGCGAAAAUGAGGAUGUGACAAACACUGAAAAUGUGGAGAAAGAGAAAGAUUUCUGCCGGGACUUUAUAUGGGGGCAGUGUAACAAGGGUGCACAGUGCAAGUACCGCCACGAGCUUGUGUUCGAGGUUAUGAAAAAGACUUUAAAGUUCUGUCACGACUUUCAAAAUUCGGCUGGAUGUUCUCGCGAACUGUGUACAUAUCUGCACGCCACUAAGGAGGAGCAGAGUUUGUUUAAAUCUACCGGGCAACUGCCGCGGGUUUUAGCGGAGCGUCACGCCAACAUGUCUGCAGCCGCAGCUGAGACUAUCCCCCAGAUUGCAUUAUACAUACAAGAGAGUUACGCGGGCCCACCUCCGCCGCCACCGCCACCACCUUUGCCGGCUGUGUCUGCGCCGGCUAGUGUUGCCCCCGCUGCAGCGUUCCCGCGACCGCCCGUCGUGUCGGUUGCGCCAAUCGCCCCGCGUCCCGUGAUGCCUAUUGGACAACCACCGCUGCCGCCGCCGCCGCCGCCGCCACCGACGGUUCCAACUACUUCAGUUCGGCAGCAGGCGCCUGUAUUUACAGCACCCCCUCCAACGGCACCUUUUACAAUGGCCCAUCCACCUCCAUCUAUACCGGUAUAUGAUUCCAGUAAACCACCACCGCCAAUAAUGCCAGCGCACGCUCAAAUAAAAAGUAGCGAACCUACGAAAAGGAAAGCCUCGAAUGACGAUUCAAAUGUGCGAAUCAAAAUGAAAAAGGGAGAGGAUGAAACAAUUGCAGACCAGCUGUGUGAAAAUUGUGUGCAAAGGGAACUAAGGAUCGAUGCGAUAAAAAAACAAUUAGAAGCUAUUAAUGAAGAGGAGGAAUAUGGGACUCUUGAUUAUAAAAAAAAGAUUGAGGAGUACCAGAACUUGAAAGAAAUAUUGAAGUCACUAAUCAGCACUGAUUUGUUUCAAAAGUUCGUUGAAGAAAAUGUAGAGGGAAUCCCUCAAAAUCAAUCCAAUAAUACUAUAUUUGAUGAAGAACCGUCAAAUGCAGGUGUUUCAACCGUGCCUAAUCAAUUUUUAUUACAACUCUUGGAAUACAUGAUGGGCGACGCCAAGGGCGUCGAUUUGGGAGCACAUAAAAAUCAAUCCAAUAAUACUAUGUUCAAUCCAGCUGCGUUAGCGUCAGGAACCCCUAAAAAUCAAUCCAAUAAUAUGUACAAUCAUGGAGCGUUAGCGUCCGGAACAUCUCAAAAUCAAUCCAAUAAUACUAUGUACAAUCAAGCAGCGUUAGCGUCAGGAGCACAUAAAAAUCAAUCCAAUAAUACUAUGUUCAAUCCAGCUGCGUUAGCGUCAGGAACACAUAAAAAUCAAUCCAAUAAUACUAUGUUCAAUCCAGCUGCGUCAGCGUCUGGAACCUCUCAAAAUCAAUCCAAUAAUACUAUGUACAAUCAUGGAGCGUUAGCGUCCGGAGCCCUUAAAAAUCAAUCCAAUAAUACAUUGUUCAAUCAAGCAGCGUUAGCGUCAGUCACGGCACAACAAAAGAGCUUUGAUGAAUCACUUAUUCAAGCUUUAUCUUCUUUGGCUGGAGAAAGUAAUCCUGUCAAAAUAAAACACAAUAAUAAAAAUAACGCAUCUCCUGAGAUAUUGCAAACGUUUUUGGACAUUUUACAACAAAUUAAUUCAACUGACGAAACAGCGCCUGCAGAAGUGAAUACAAGCAACAACGCAAGCUCAAAUAAUAGUAACAUAAGUGACUCCCAACAAUACUCGAAUAGGCAAGAUAUACCCGUGUCAUCAGUGAGUUCGAGUAGGUUCCCACCGCCGACUGCGCACGGAGUUGCGACAUCUCCGGCGUUCUUGCAACCUCAAGUUGCGCCCGCGCCGCCGCCUUACCAGCACUAUCAGCCAAUGCCGCCAGCAGGGCUUUACUACCCUUCACCCUUCGCAGGCGCCCACACAGCAGGUAUGCAAAUGGCUCAAGACAGCCAGGCAAUGCGAGCACACGUUCCACUUGUGAUGCCGCCCGCGCCCCCGCCGCCCGUCUCGUUCGCGCCGACCGCUGCGCCCGCGCCGCCUCCCGUACAUCAGCCCAGCCACUACGCUAUGGAACGGUACCCGCCGCCCUACUACCCCAGGCAUCAGUAGUUCUGCGCCUUACUAUAGCUGCUCAUCGUAGUCUUAAUUUUUGAAAAAGUCAUUAAGGUAGUGGAUUUGUAAAAGUAGUUCAUCUACCAAAUGAGUAUUAAGGUCGAGGCUGCAAAUAAUUCUGAGCCAUGGUACAGUCUGUUUAUAGGACUGAAAAUAAAUAGUUUUUCUAUACAUUUGUGAGUACAUGCGUGAUAAAAAUGAUCUAUGAAGCAAGUGUCGUAAAUCGAAUUUGUAAUGACGACGACGACGACGUCGAAUGAAACAGGUAAUUAAACCUGUUUCAUUCGACGUUUUGUAUAUUACAGUUGCGAGGAAAAAAUCCAAACUUACAUAAAAGUGACUGACCAUUUUUGCAGUUUGUAGGCCGCGCUCUAUUUUGGUGAUUUAUUGGUGGUUAAAGGGUUAUUCACCGCCUCCGUGGCUCCGUUCGCGAAGGCUCGAAUGUUAUUUCCGGUGGACCAAAUCUAGUUAUGCUCUGCUUUUCAACUAAAUCUGGACAUUUUUAAUCAACAAUAAUGACAGUGUGAUGAAAAAAUUCAUCACACUUGCCGGUAACUAGGACCUUGUUACAUCGAUAUAAUCCAAGACAUUAGACACGAGUGUUUUAUUUAAAAUGACCCUACUUGUGCUUUAUUUAUGAUGUCCCGAUUAAGUUAAGUUUGUACCUCACUGCAAGUUAUAUGUAUGAAGAUAUUUUGUACCUACUCAAUUAUGAGAAAUGAACGUUUAAUAUUAUCAAAUUAUUAACAAUUAUUUUUGGGACAUGUUUUAAAUACGAAAAUAUCCUCUUAAUUAUAUUUUAAACACGGGCCUUAUACAGCGAACUAUGCUGGCUGUAUGUCGGUUUACCUUUGCCCGCGAAAAAAAACUCACGUCAUUUUAAGUCAUUAAGAUUUUUUUUAAUAAGUUCAUAAACAGUAAAAAUGGUCGGUUAUUUCCUAAGAACGUACUGUAGCUUAUUUUCUCUGGCAAGUGUGAUGAAAAUAGACGUAUAAAACGCGCAUGGUACAUUGAAUAUUUCACCGACAAUAUAAUAAGAUAAUUAUUUCUUGAAAACUAUUUAUUUAUCAAACAACAAUGAUUAGCACAUUUGUUAAAAAUUAAAAUCUUAAUCAUUCGAAGCGUACUGUGUAAUAUUAGUUUUUGCGUGCAUGUUUGAGAGUUGGUGAAGAGAUGGAGAGAGCUAAGAAUCAUAUUGGUCCCGUUAGGUGGUGCUACGAUCAGAAUUUUUUAACUUCAAAGGUAGGACAACGUACUUCGGGCAAGCGAGUUUUUUUAUUUUAUUUCACAACGUGACGAGCGAAUGUUUUGAACAUCGAAUUAAUGUAUGAAACGUUAUAAUUUGAAAACAGUGACAUGUAUUUUGACAUUGAUUUAAAAAAUAUUAUAUAUGAUUAAUAUUACUUUCAUAUUCAUACUAAAAAUGGUAUAUUAUUUUUAAUUAUAUUAUAAGAGUAAUACAAUUUGUAAAGUUUAAGUGAAAAGUGUUUAUAAAGGGAAAGACAACCCUACUUUUUUAUAUGUGCGAGACUUUAAAUUAGUACAAGUAGUAUUUCGAUUUGUACAUGAAGCCCAUAUAUAUUAUAAAUAUAUAAAUAUUUAUUUAGUGAUGGGCGCCUGCCAUUGCCAGACGGGUGAUCAGUCCUCUGUAAAGACUAUUCCACCCUAUUCCCCAUGUUUGAGUCCCCAGGUUUACUGGUGCCCCGGCAGCAUCCCCCCAUGAAACCUAACAGUCUCUUUUUACUUGAAGCCCAUGCUUUAGUUUUUAUUUUUCUUAUUCCUUCUCAGGUUAGCGCUUGUCUUAAAUCUCACCUUCUGCUUAGUUAAGAUUUAGUCUAAGAUGGUUACAAUGUAAAAUAUAUGACGCUAAUUUAGUGAAUAUUGGUUUUGGUCAUUAAUCAAUUUUUUAUACAUUAUUUUAUUAAAUGACAUCUAACAAAUUUCAUGCCAAGUACUUUUACCCGCAACAAAACGAAGACGGUAUAUUGUCGUUGAUUCUGUAAAACUAAUAUGUUUUAAUAAUUUUUUUUAAAGUGUACCUUAACUUAACGCAUGUACAAAUUACAGAACUGGCGACUGCAAUCGCGGCCUUCACCAUACAUGGUUGCCAUACCGCCAAUGCGAGAGAUUUGCCGUUUCUAAUCCUGUCGGUCCUAAAUUUGUUUGUGCAUUCUAAUAAAAACAUAAAUUUAAUAACUAAUAUUGCCAUCACUUCAAGCAACAUUAUUUUGAAUAACAGUUUUUUUAUUACAUUGACUUUUACAUUUGCAUCCCUAAAAUAAAAAUGAUAAUUUCAGAGAAUAAUUACAGAAAUAUUAGAAUCAAUUAAAUAUGUUUAGUACCUGUAUAAGAUGGAGUCUUUUUAUGCGCCGCAAAAAUGCUGUAGCUAUAUUAUGGUGUAUUGUGGUGGUAUAGAUAGUAUGUUUGAAAGGUUAAUACCCUAAAUAAUAAAGGUUAAUAUCAUCCAUCUGUAAAAAAUAAUUUUUAUGAAGACAUUUUAUUUACCAUUUGUAUAAACUUCCAAAAAAUACAUAAUUUGCAUUGUCUCAAAACAUGUAGGACAUACGAUACUCGAAAACUAGCUACAUCCUUUUGAAAAUUGUGUAUUUGCAUUGUAAAAGUCAUUUAAUUUGAAAAUUUACAUUUGAUAUAAAUACUUUGUUAUUAAAUUUAUUAUUAGCAUAUUACUUAAGUUAAGAAUUAAAUUUGAUUUUAAUGUUACCUUGAUACUCAAUAAGGAAUAGUAUAUUAUUUGCUUCCUUCCUGAUUUUUUAAUAACUAUAGUACCAGCUAGGUAUAGUACUAGACCAACAAAAACCCCAUUUUUUCAAUUAAAAUUAGAUUCUGUUACCCUACUUAAUAAUAUAAUGUUUGAAUAAAUAUUCUCUGUCACUAAAUGCUGAUUCAUUGUCUAUUGAUUUACUAUAAAUAAUUACUUUCUGUAGAAAAACAAUUGUGUUCAUAUUUUUCUGACCAACAAAUAAAGUAUUCUUAAGA